GCGCCCGUGAGGGUGUGAAAUAAGGCAGCAAGAGGAUAGAAGCUUCUUCUCGGGGUCUCUAGUGGGGAGGAAGGAGAGGGGGGCGGAAGUGAGAAAAAAGGUGAAAUGGCCUCAGGGGCCCAGGUGGCCUUGAGAAGAAAGAGAAGUCUGGGAGAAAAAGUUGCAUAAGGCAAAGGGGUACUUCUUGGUAAUGACUAAGUUCCCGACGCCUGAGAUUGCAUAGCGGGGGGAAGUGGCUGUGAAUCGUGUUUGUCACAUGACGAGGCCCAGCCUCUUGACCAGGCCUGGAUCCGGCUGAGGCCCUAAGCUGUGACAGGAAAUUUAUUUUUGUGGAAAUAGGACUAUGAGAGAGGAGAUAAGAGAUGUAAAAGGAAAAAACAGAAAGGGGAAGAGGGAAGAGAACGACUCUCGUGUUGGCUUCUCUGAAGCAGUUUUGAACUUCCCGAGGGAAAGUGAGCACUACUGUGCAUUUUUCCACGUUUUUAUCGUAGCGCUUAAGUGUGUAUAUUAGAAAGCUGACAGGAAUGUAGAAGCGCUGUACAGAAUUUACGAAACAAACAUCUUUAUUAUUUGUGAUUGCUAUCUGACAUAUAUGAUUAUUAUGUAUGACUAAUCAGAUUCAUUACAAUUAGCCAGGUCAGCAUAGUUUCUCAAAAAACAAGCACAGUAACUUGAGUGUAGACAGGGCUCCUCAUCUCUUAAGCUGUAGAGACUAUAUCAUCCUAGGUUUCAGCAUUUUGGCUUUAAGUUUAAACUUAAUCUUUCAGACUCCUAGGGAAAUUGGCUUCAGAAUUUGUGGGAAAGUGAUUUAAAAGUAAAGUUCGAUGCUACAGGAAGCUCUUGCCUCCGGAAUAUGAUGGCAAGUCACCUUGUAAAACCUGAUGCCAGAAAUUGCAAGAGAACAAGAGAGUUGGAGUCUCAAAUGCCAGAUAGUCCACAACUUUCCUCUCUUGGAAAAUCAGAUUCCUCUUUCUCUGAAAGCUCUGGACUAUUUUAUAAAGAUGAAGCCCUGGAGAAAGAUUUGAAUGAUAUGAGCAAGGAAAUUAAUCUAAUGUUGUCUACAUAUGCAAAGAUCUUAAGUGAGAGAGCAGCAGUAGAUGCAUCUUAUAUUGACGAGAUAGAUGGACUCUUCAAAGAAGCCAAUACUAUUGAAAACUUUCUAAUACAAAAAAGAGAGCUCCUUAGACAAAGGUUUACAAUGAUUGCAAACACACUGCACAGAUAAAGUUGUGUACUUAAAAUAAGCUGAGAAUUUAAGCCCAUUAUUGUUGUAAUGAGAGAAUGACAUUUAUGCUCUGAAAACUCUCUAGUUGUUAAAGGAAAAUGUGUACCUUAAACAUAAGGGGAAACUCCUUGAAUUUCUUUUCUAGAGUUAAAAGGGACUUUAAUCUGGACAUUAAUAUGAAGUAUGUAGCUUUUCUUUUGAGGGUCAAAUACUUGGCAUAUUUUAUAAAAGUGUAAAUUAUUUAACUUAUAUAUGAAUUAUUUUCUUUCUUUUUUUUCUUAAACCUCCUGGCCUUUCUUAAACUUCAAAAAGAGAACUCGGGUUAAUUUGAUAAUGUUUAACAAUAUUGCACUUUUUCUUUUAGAAUAUUUUGUUUAAAUAGAUAGAUAGCUUUGGAGAUAGUUUUAAAAUGUUUUUCAUGGUCAAUAGUAUAAAAAAAUUGAAACCCAAAAGUAAUUUGUCCAAUUUCUCAAUAUGUAAUAAAAUAUAACUGUGCUAUUGCUAUUUAACGUUACCAUUUGAUUAUUUUCACUAUUAUUGUACAUGGCUAAUAAAAAUUCUUGGUUUAAAAUUAUUUUCUUGUGGUAAAAGUGGUAAAAUAAAAACCAGAGAUUACUAACCA